UGUAGUCGCAUGUGGUAAAAUGCUGAUCCUGUUUUAUAUACUGCUCGUGGUCAAAAUUGGGCGAUGCACAGACGAUCAGAACUUUGAAGCAAAGACUGUUGGUGUUGGAGAAAAUGUGACUCUGACGUGUACCCGCCAGAGAACUUGGCAUUUAACAUACUUAUUUUGGAUCAGGCUUGUUUCUGGAACCUUUCCUGAAAUCUUAGGAGGAACAUUAAGCUAUGAUUUCGAGGGUGUUGAUGAGACUAAUCACAUAACAGCAAAACAAGAGCCUGGAACAUUUGUUCUGCAUAUUACCAAAACACAGUUAAGCGAUACUGCAGUCUACAUCUGUAUAAAAGUGCAAAAUCGCAACAUGACAUUUUUGAAAGGAAUAUUUCUGAGAAUCAAAGGGCAAGAAUCUGAUAUCACUGCCGUAACUCAAGACUUUCCAUCUGAUCCAGUUCAUCCAGGAGACUCAGUGACUCUGCAGUGUUCAGUCCUCUCUGACUCUGAGAACACAUCGUGUCUAGAAGGACACAAAGUGUACUGGUUCAGAGCCGGAUCAGAUGAAUCUCAUCUCAGUUUAAUUUAUGCUCGUGGAAACAGUGGUGAUCAAUGUGAAAAGAGCCCUGAGGCUCGCUCUCCACAGAAAUGUGUCUACAACUUCUCUAAGAACGUCAGCUCCUCUGAUGCUGGGACUUAUUACUGUGCUGUGGUCACAUGUGGCGAGAUCUUAUUUGGAAAUGGAACAAAACUGGACAUUGAAGUCAGCGCAUGUGAUUCACAGAAAGACAAUAUAAUUGUCCUUCUGGUGUGUGCUGCUUUGGCUAUAAGUCUGAUUGUUAUAGCCUUCCUUGUUCAUGCUAUCAGGAAAAAUCCUGUGUUUGUUUUAACGCUUCUGUUGCUCUGCAAACAAAUGCUGCAACAGCCAGUGGUGAUCAGCAGAGAAAUGAGGACUCUUUGGUUUAUUUGACACCAAACUUUACCAGGAGGAAAGCUGGCAGAGCAGGCAGAAGGAAUGCAACAAAGGAAGAGACGAUCUACACUGAUGUCAGGGCUUUUGUGAUAGAUUAAGAAUCCAAACACUGGAUUUGCUAAUUGAUGCUAAUGUAAUUUUUGUGUGGCACUCUGUGUAGGAAAUAUACUGCUUUAGCAGCACUUGCAUUUCACCUCAGAAGUCAUUAACUUAAUAUAUUUUGGAUAAACUAAAAUAUGUUUUAUGCAUUAUUUUGACAUCAUAUUUAUAUAUCUUGUCCAAACUGUUUGCAAACAUUGAAUAAUAUCUUUGAGUCCUGUUACUUCAGAGAAGGAAAUUAAUCAUUAUGCUUCAAAAAUAAUCACAUUUAAUAGUUUUUGGUAAUAGCCUCACAUUCUGUAUCCCAUUCUUAUAAAUGUAUACAUUUUAUUAUUAAAGUUUUCAAAAAAAGGCUUAUGAUGCAUCUACCCAAGCUGGCUUUUAGGAAGAUUCAUCUUGAAAGAGCUGUGAGAAGGGUUACAUUUCUGUUUCAUGCAGUUUUAAGGCUGUUCCCUUCUUUUCUAGACCCUCAUCUAUGUAUCAAUGCCAUGCAAAACAAUUGUACUAAAAGGAAUUUGUUUAUGUGCAUGUGUUGUUUUCUUUCUUAGUAAACAAACAUUAUUAUAAGAGAUACCACAUCUAUAUUGAAAUUUAAAAUAAAACUGAACAUCUGUUUACUUCA